AUGUCCAAGGAUAUUCUAUCUCGAGCCGACGAAUGCCUCGAAGUCUUGCAAAAACUCCGCGGUACCACGUCCGACCAGCCAUCCGACCAACCUGCUACGGUGAGAGCCAAUGUUAUCGAGAAAGCCCGCAGUCGUGUUCAAAGUGGCAACGUCCUAGCAGUAGCAAAUUUGUUGCCAGUGCUACCUCCUGAGCAACGCGUGCUAGAAUUGAAUGACGCUAUCGAAAAAGCGGAAACACUUCUGGGCGAUAAUCAUGAUGAAGUGGCCAUACUCAAGUUUUUGCGUGUUCCCUAUCAACUACAGGACGAUUUCCAACGACAAGAGUGUCUCAACUAUUUGUCCUCCUAUGAGGGCCGUGACGACGAGUUGGCUGUCACCAUCCGCAUCAAUUGCCACAUAUGUCUCAGCGAGAUCUGUAUUGGGGAAGACAAUAUCGCCGAAUUAUCCGAGCACGUCAAGAAGCUCAGACAGAUUACCAGAGAACCUGAGCACAUUUCAAUUACAUCGUACCUGCAGUCUGCAGCGCAUUUGUACGAAGAGAAAUUCCGAUCUGCGAUUGAAUGGGCUUUGGCAUGUAUAAGUCACUGGAUCGGGGCGAUCGAUGAAGGACUGUGGUUUCAUAAGGCUGCCUCUCUCGUCGGUCUUUCCCUCCAGUCUCUCCAGGAAUUUGGAAGAGCUGCGGACUGGUUCUCGGAGGCUCUGUCUUGGAUGCGGCAUAUUCUGCCAGAGAACUCGCCCUUUUGCACCAGAACAGCCUGUAGGCUGGAAACUGCUAUUCUACAACGCGAGGGCCUUCUUGAUAUCCAAGAACUCGUUCCACCAGUCUCAUCCGCCAUUUUGAAGGACCACAUCCAGCUCAUUUCCAAGCUGCUUGCAGAUGCAGAGGGUCAGGAGUUUAAGACCCUGCAGGCAUGUGAAGGAAUUCUCAAAGAAAAGCUGGCUAGCAAUCGAGAUGAUGGUUUGCGCAGCUCACAUUCAACCUUGUCUGGGACUGUAUCACCCGAGAUUAAGUCCAGGGCCGACUUUGUGUUGAAUCAGAUGAGGGAACGGCGUCUUUCCUACACAGCCAUUGACAGAGAGGCCAUCGAAAUUGCUUCGAAAUUUUCUGGCCGCGCAUCAGUUCUGGCGCGAUUGCUGCAGCUUCCUGGAGAGCAACGCUUGCCAGCAUUGGAUAUCUUUAUCGCGCAGGCGAAAGCGACUUUAAGUGAAGAUCAUCCCACCACACUACUGCUGGAAUAUAACCGCCUUGAUUACGUCUCCGGAAAUACGGCAGAGUACAGACUCGAACGACUGGAAGAUAUCUUUUCCCGUCUAAGAAAGCUUGACAACAUGCUCGGCGGCAAUGUCAAACUCGGCGACAUUGCAAAGCGCGCCGGCAUUCGCAAACUCGGCAACAUUGCAAACCGCCGCGGCAUUCGCAAACGCGGAGACAUUUCAGCGCACGCCGACUAUCUUAUUGCUCAUCAUAAAGCCAUAAAGGAACUCUGCCAGCUAUCAAUCCUGAGCCGCCAAGGAGAGCAGGCCAUGGUAGCCGCCGACAGGCUGGAACAAGUCGCCGGGGAUGAUCAUGACAAGAUGGAAGCGUUUCUCCUGCAAGGCACCGCGUUCAGUGUUCAAAAGAAAUUCGGACCCGCGAUCGAGGCGGUCUUGAAGUCCUGGGAGGCUGAAGCUGCCUCUUGGGAGAAAUCUUUCUCAUUUCUUGCAAUAUCCAGACGCGAUGCGAUGUUCAUGCGACUUUUGUCAUGA